UAGUAGGGCUCGUGUUGGUGCGGGAGCCUGGGCGGCCUUAGGGGCGCGGAGACUCGGCGGGGGAGGGAGACGGCAGCAGCAUGGCGGCCGGGCACGAGCCGCACAGCCCUCCUCUUUCCGGCUGUCGUCGCCGCCACCGCCGCCGCCGGAGUCGCUGGGACCCUUUAGUCUGCGUGUGUUAGUUGUAAGCCCGCUGCCUCCCCGUCAGUCCUCCGGUCUACCCUCCCUCCUUCCUUUCACCGCCACUGCCAGCCCGAGUGUCGGGCCGGCGGGUAACUCCCACUCCCACCCCACCCCACCCACAAGCCCGCGGGCCGGGACCAUGGAGGACGUGAAGCUGGAGUUCCCCUCGCUCCCACAGUGCAAAGAAGACGCCGAGGAGUGGACCUACCCUAUGAGACGAGAGAUGCAGGAAAUUUUGCCUGGAUUAUUUUUAGGCCCAUAUUCUUCUGCCAUGAAAAGCAAGCUACCUAUACUACAGAAACAUGGAAUAACUCAUAUAAUAUGUAUAAGACAAAAUAUUGAAGCAAACUUUAUUAAACCCAACUUUCAACAAUUAUUUAGAUAUUUAGUCUUGGAUAUUGCAGAUAAUCCAGUUGAAAAUAUAAUACGUUUUUUCCCCAUGACUAAAGAAUUUAUUGAUGGGAGCUUACAAAGUGGAGGAAAAGUUCUUGUCCAUGGGAAUGCAGGGAUCUCCAGGAGUGCUGCCUUUGUUAUUGCAUACAUUAUGGAAACAUUUGGAAUGAAGUACAGAGAUGCAUUUGCUUACGUUCAAGAAAGAAGAUUUUGUAUUAAUCCUAACGCUGGAUUUGUCCAUCAGCUUCAGGAAUAUGAAGCCAUCUACCUAGCGAAAUUAACAAUACAGAUGAUGUCGCCACUUCAGAUAGAAAGGUCGUUAUCUGUUCAUUCUGGCACCACAGGCAGUUUGAAGAGAACACAUGAAGAAGAAGAUGAUUUUGGAAACAUGCAAGUGGCGACUGCGCAGAAUGGCUGAUUCAAGAGCAACAGUAUAGAGGAUGUGAAUUUCUAUUUGGGAAGGAGAAAAUACUACAGACAGUAAUAAUGUAAAAUGGUAAAAACACAAGUAGUUUCUUUUCAAUUAUAUGUUGCUUCCAGACGUGUUUCUCUGCGACUUGUUGAGCAACAUUUUAAGAUGUCGGACUUCUGCAAUAGAUGGCACUGAUGGUUUUAUUCUUUUUUUUUUUUUUUUUUUUUAAUUCUUUACAGUUUUAUUAUAAACCAAGAAUUUUGGACUUGCAAAGAGGUAUUAUUGCAAUAAUGCACUUUUCAUACUUGAAAUUUAUUUGUAUGAUAUAAAGUUGUUACUUUAAACAAAAUGCAAGUUAGGGGGACUUGUUUAUAAAAUCUGGGUAAUUUAUAACAAAAGAAUUUCCUAAAGUUUGCAAAAAUUCAUUUUGUGUUCUACGUAUUACAUUUUAAAAAUAAUUUUACAGUUCAGUUUUAUGAUGGAGCCUCUUACAGAAACAUUAACAAAUGCGGGAAUCUGCCACAUUUCUUUUUUAAUAUACUUCAGUAGCUUAAUUAUCUUUUAAUUUUUUUAAACUUCUUGAUCCCAUCUUAAUAAUCUUUAAAUCAUGACAUUAGCCAACUGUCCUUACUUUAACAUGAUCCAAGUAUUGCUUCUUUUCCUACUACCUUCCUAAUUUUAUCCUAUAGAAAAAAAAAAGUUUAAUGAACAAAAGAAAAUGUUUCGCUUUAUAAUACCAGAUGCUCAAAAACAAGGAGAGUUUUAAACUCAAGUGACUUUCCUUUAGCAUUCUUAAAAGCCAGAUGUUGUGUUUGUUCUUUUGAGUUGUGUAGCCUGUUUUUUCUUUGUCCAAAAUGGUUCUAAAUAGAAUAUAAUAAACCAGUGUAGCACUAUUUUUUUCCUAAACAAAGCCCAAAAAAGAAAAGUGCCUUGCCUCGUUAGAAAAUAUAAAAAAUAAAUCCUCAUGUCCUCUAAAUUAGUAUGUAGAACAGUGAAAAGUUUUGAACAUUUUUCUGUAAUUUUUUUUUAAACCAUAAAUUAGUUCAAACUGAAAGUCUUAAGGAUUGAAGAAACCUUAGUAAAUUAUUUGGAAUAUGGAGCAUUUACUCCAUUUUUAUGUUGUCUUAAUGAUUCUGUGAGAUUGUUCUGGCUCAGACAAAUGCUUUUCUUUGAGGAUACAUUUAUUGGGGAAAAGUGAUUGUGUGGGAGACUUCAGUGUAUUAUAAAUUAGUGUUGUAAUCAGUUCUUGGCAUUGCGUUAAUCCAAAUUUCCCCCAUAAUUUGCAUUAGCAAAGUCACUUUAUGGAUCCUAGGUUCUCCAUGUUUUUAUUUAUACAUAUAAAAAUUGUUCUAAGAAAAACAUUUUUGCUAUUUUAAGUAUGAUGUUGGGGAGGAAAGGAGUGUUUUUAACUUUUUAUAGUUGGUGAUUUAGGGUAGCACAAACAAAACUCCUUUGUAUCUCCCUUUUCUCAGUCCUCUCUUGAGGUGCUUUACUGUUGGGACUUGUAAGGUAGGUAGCAAGUUACCUACUUCGCUUUCCUCCCUAACGUGUAAUAAUACAGUAAAAGCUUUUUUAUCCAGCGUAGCAGGAGAGUGGCAGUGAAUCAAAACUGCUUUGUUAAUUCUGCUGCCCCAGGUGGUAUUCCUCUUCUGAUUUCCCUUCCCUUCCCUUCCCUAUUUUACCACCCUAAAAUAACAGCAUAUUGUCAAUCCCAUUGUAGUCUUGUAUUCUGUUGUGUGAUUAGGUCAUUGGGUGUGGUGGUCUAGUAUAGUCAAGAUUUGCAUUGAGUGUUCAGAAAUCCCAGCUGGUGACGUGCCAGAAAAUACAACUUUCCUGUAUAUAGAUCACUAUUGGUUAGGCCAGCAAAGAUCUCUUUUGCAAACUAAUAAUCUGUGAUGCUUCAUUCCACAGAAACGGCUUAAAAGAAUCUUCAUAAUAGUCCAUUUAGGUUUUAAAAAUGAGGCAGUUAAGAUUUUCUAAAUUAAUUUCUUAAAUACACAUAUCCUCUCUAGUAGUCUGGCCAAGAGUACAGGUUUGGUUAUUAAUUUACAGUUGGUAAUUUUCCACUUUUUCUAACCACUGUAAUUUUUAUGUUGGCACUAAAGUGCCUGCCCAGCACUGUAUAUUAAAAGACUCUCACAAACACUAGAAAAAAGGACUGUCAUCUUCUUGAGUACAAAUUAAUAUGGACAAAAAGUUUAUUCUUUCUAUAAGAAUACUGCAAGUUUGUUUUAUCUUGGGUUCAUUCUUCCACCCAGUGUUCAACUCGUUCUUCUGGUAGCUCUUCCUAUUCUUCUGUUUGGUUCCAUUUCUAUAAUUCCUCUGUCUCCACUCAUGUUUUGUGAUAGCUAACUACAGUACAUUUAACCAAUCCUGAAUUAUUUUCUAGAAUAUUUGAAUAAUGUAUGAGUGACCCAGCACCCAAUUUUAAACAUUAAAUAUUAACCUGGGCACAGAAUUUAAAAUGAUAUUGCAUCAAAACAUAGGAGAACUGCUUUAUUGUCCAUUUUGAAAGUAUGAAACUUGAAUAUUGAAAAUAUUCAAACUGGAAUGGCAGUAUUCUUACCUUGUAAUUUCAGUCCAUUGGUUCCUGUUAAUUUCUUAUCAGAUGUUUAAACAGCAGUUACCUUUGUUUAUUUGUAUCUACUCUGUGGUGGAAGUAUUAAACCAUGAUACCCUUUGCUACCAACUCUCAACCACCUAACUUUCAGAGCAGACUAUUUGUUUUGGGAGGAUUUUGUGCUUCAUCUGAGUUUAGAAGUAAUGUCAGAAAAUGUUAAGCAUGUCCUUUUAAAGAAAAUAUAAGGUUUAUAAUUAUCUUAUUACCAUGGUAAUUUAAAUGAAUUAGAAGUAUUUAACUGCAAUCUUGAAUUAUAAAGUUGGGGUGCAUAUAUAGAGAUAUAUAUCAAAAUCUCAACUUGAUGUAAAGUAAAUGAGCAGUUACCUGGCAGACUUUUUUUUUUUUUCAGAUAACUGUUUAAUCCAUAAUUCCAUAACGAACUCAGCUUCACUUCAAUAUUUAUUUUGUCCAUUCAUCAGUGCUCCAAUAAGUAAAUGAUAGGAAACAGCUGAAAAUUACUAAAAGAUUUUAUUUUUUUUUAUGAUUAGAAAAAUAAGUUUCUAGGGUCUUUGAAUGCUGGAUUUUUUUUUUUGUCUUAUCCAUCCAUGGCAGCUAAAAAAAAAAAAAUAAUCACUCAAAAUAUUCAGGUUUACAUGCUAGCUCUCUCUCAUAGGGAGUUGCCAUACCUCACAGUUCAAAGUGUAUUUUGUAGAUCAGUAACAUUAUACUGACAUGUAAUUGCAAUUUACUAUGCAGCAAAAAUGAUUCAAAAAGAAAAAUAACCUACAGUGUCUAUUUACCUUUGUACAGACAAUUGCUUAAGUUACUCUGCUUUUAACAUCUGUACUUGGAUCAAAUGCUUAUGUAUGUAUAGGAAUGUCACAGUGCAAGAUGCUGCUAGCUCAGGCACAAAGUAUUAAAAUUAUUUUGUGAAGA